UAAAUUAAGCGAAAUAACACAUUUUUCUUCUGCUGUUGUUUAUUUUUGUGUUGGUCUAACUUGUGUCACAUUAGUAAAUUUUUGUCCACUUCCUUAAUUUAUCAUCCAAAAUGUCUUCUGGAGAAGAUCUAGCAGCUAACCUCCGUAAUUAUCAAAUUCAACUUCAACAGGCUGAAGCUGCAAUAGCAGCGGAUCCUAGUAAUGAAGAGUUACUCAAAUUGAAAUCUGAUUUAGAGGAGGUCAUUAUGUUGACCAAAAAUCUCAUGGCCGCUGAAGGGACUUAUGAAGAGGAAACUGAAACCAGCGUUAUUCCUCAAAGCUCCGAGAUAAGACACAAUUUUCAAUCAGGAGAUAUUGUAAUGGCUCCAUGGUCAGCAGAUGGACAAUUCUAUGAAGCUGAAAUAGAAGAUGUCAUGAGCGAUGGCCAAUGUAAUGUGAUAUUCUCUAGUUUACCCAAUGGAAAAACAAAAGUAUCUGAAGUUUGCUUAGUCACUUUAUUAAAACCAACCCAAGGCAGUAAGAAGAAAAUGAAAAUCGAUACUAGUGGGCUGGGUGCGCGUGGAGCCAAAGGCAUCAGGUCUGACCCAUCAUCAUCUUCUCAAAUAAAUACGAAACAAAAGCGUUUGCAAGUACAACAACAUAGAGAUUAUUUAAAAAAGAAGCAACAAAAAAAGCAAAAUCGUAUCAAGGAAUUGGAAGAAGAACGUGAAAAAGAGAAGAGUAAAUGGCAACAGUUCAAUCAAAAAGCCGUGAACAAGCACUUGAAAGGUGCUAGCUCGUUAGCAAAGAAACAAAGCAUCUUCAAGUCUCCGGAUACAGUCGAGGGCAAGGUCGGCGUAGGAACUUGUGGUAUUGCUGGUAAACCAAUGACAAACUUUGUGGUCGCCGAUAAAUAUAAAAGAGGUACAUCAACAGCUUCGACGUCAUCCUCUUCUUUGACAUCAAGAUAUCCAAAUCUUCACUCUCUAUCCACUGUUCACCAGCACAAGUACAAAUGAUAUUAUUUUUGCGGCUUUUCAUUAUAAAAUUGUGAAGCAAAACCGGUUUACAAAUGGUGAAUCUUGUAAUUUAUUUUGUUAAUUCACAAUUUCAAAGAGAAAAAGGUCACUCAGCUUUAUCGAGACUAUUUAUUUGGAGACCUAUUCUAAGCAUGGAAAUCAUUCAUUUACAUUGUCAAUUAGAUGUGAUUCAUCUCAUUUCUUAACAUUCAUUAAAAUUGAAUGAUUAUAAA